AUGAAACGUAUUCUUUGUGCAACUUAUCCGAUUUUAUCUGGACUUGGUAUAUACAACAUUGAAAAAGACACUGAUUUAGAUAUAUUUACUGAUGAAACUUCUUUAAUGUAUAUAUUAAAAAAUCAAAUUUCAUCACUCAUGAUUGAAUCUAGUAGUAACCAAGGUAGACCACGAGAUUUUCAUUCAUGGUUUUCUUCUUUUCAACGGAUCUCAUUCGGAUAUUUACUUCCAACUGUCUUUUCAUCCACUCUAUUAGAAUUGCGUGUCAAAGUUACCUCAGUUGAUGAUUGUCUUUUUUUACUUGAUGGUCGUUUCAAUCAACUUCGAGCAUUCUAUGUAGAUAUAGCAUCUUCAUUACCUAAAUCAAACUUCAAAAUAAAUAAAGAAAAACUUCCAAAUUUGCGAUGUUUUUCAUUGUAUUGUUUUUCUGAAAUUCGUUUCUAUGAUAACAUAAUCAUACGACUUUUACAUCGAAUGUCAAAUUUAGAAGAACUUGCUUUGUAUUUGUCACCGGUGGUUUGUGAUAAGAAAUUUAUUGAUGGAAAUAAUUUAAAGCAAAAUAUCAUUGAUUAUAUGCCAGAAUUAAAUCAAUUUGGAUUUAGUAUUCAUUCAACUAUAUUACUAAAAGAUCAAAUUGAUUUACCAUCAAAUGAAGAUAUUGAACAUUCAUUUAAAGAUUUUUCAAAUAAUAAAAUAAUUUCUUGUGUUAAUUAUUUUUUCGAAGCAAAAUAUGGUGCAUGCCAUAUCUAUUCUUGUCCGUACCUAAUUCCAACUUAUCAAAAUAUCUCAAAUAAUUUUCCAGGUGGAUUAUUUCGAUAUGUUAGUGCUGUAUCUUUAUUUGAUGAACAUCCUUUUGAAUAUGAAUUUUUUAUUCAAAUUGCUCAAUCAUUUCCAUUUUUGAAAAACUUAACUAUUACUAAUCAAAAAGGACAAAACAAUAAACAAUAUAGAAAAUCAAAUAAUAACAAUGAAGAUUUACUUAUUCGAUAUCCUUAUCUUAAAUAUCUUGAUUUCAAACAAACUCAUAAUGAUUAUAUUGAACAAUUUCUACUUGAUACCAAAACAUGUUUACCAUAUGAUAUUGUGCUUUUUACUGAUUUUAAAUCUUUACAAAGAGUUACACACAAUUUUACACGUAAUGCAACACGAGUUAAUUGUAGUAAAAUGAGAUAUAUAUGUCUUGAUAGAAUAUCUCGAUUUCCAAAACAUUUCAAAAAUUAUUUUCUUGAUAAAGAGAUACAUGUAGUAUGA